GUCAAUAAAUGCACCAGUCACAGCUUUCUGCCUUCAGUUCUGGGUCAGAGGAAAUCUAAUUCAGCAGCCAUGGCAUUAAAGGGAACGCUGAUUUGGAUAUGUUCACUAGCAGUCUUGUCCUUCUCUGCUGCUCAGGAUGAAACUUUACCUCAGAUUUGCAGUUCACAAACUCAGCUCUUCGAGCGUCUGUCAGCUGAUCUCAAGGUGGCAGCACAGUGCAAUAAAAGCUUGAGCUCUGCACUGGAUGCUCAGCAGUCAUCUGAACUACUGCUUUCCAUGAGGAGUCUAACUGAUUGUCUGCACAAACACCAGCUGAAAGAAUGCCAAGGUGCGAAGCCAAAUGAAUGCCCUGAAGCUGAAGUGCCCACCAAUGGAGGGUUAGCGUGUGUCACAGUUGACGACAAGCGCUACUGCAAACCUGUGUGCAACCAUGGUUACGACUUUGGUUUCAUCAGGAGAAGUCGUUUGUUUGAUGAAUGCAGUAAGCAGACAAAAUAUAAAUGGGACACCCAGUACGUAGGAGGAAACAAGCUGGCUGUGUGCAGCGAAGCAUCUGAUCAAAUUGCAGGAGCAAAGUCGGCCUAUUUUCCAAGAGAUCAGGAUUGCCUGGUGACAAAGAGUAGCAGCCAACUGCAGAAUAGCACCAUCGAAGGUUUUAUCACCGAGCUGAGGAAUCAAGGCAUACUGGGAGAGCCGCAGUACGCCUGUCUUGUAUGUGGAUGAUCAUGAUGUGGACGAAAAUGUAGAGAAAUGCUGUGGUGUGAAACUCCUCCGCGCUGAAAUAAAGCUUUGGGAAUAUUUCAAGGAAAAAGUGAAAGUUAAACUGACUUCAAGUGUCAAGAUUAAAAGUCUUUCUGAAGCUGAA